CCUCGGACAGAAAAACGCAGAGAUAGCUUCAGUCGGAAUUACCAGAGAUACAAGCUACACGAAGUCUAGUUUCCAUUUCGCACGAUGUCUCAAGCUCUCCUCGCCCACCUGGUCUUGCACCCCAAGGUCUCUCAAUCCCUCAAGGUCCUCAGCACCACCGUCGGCAGGGACAAGGUCUACCGUCUGAUUCAAUACGCCUCUCGUCUCAUCGCAUGGUACAUCCUCCGUUCAGGCGGUCCUGCAGCCAAGGAGGCUGCUAUGCGGUGGGACGGCCUCAAGUCGGGUCUUGCUAGCGGGAGAAAGAUGCUCCGACUCGUCAAGCCCAUGGAACACCUCCAGUCAGCUCUCAAUACCGCCAAUACGCCGGUCCGCUCCCGGUCAUUGACCCCUCUGGCAUCUCCUCUGGCUUCCUUUGCCCAGGUCGUCCGUCAGCUAUGUUACGCCGGGUACUUGUCUACCGACAUGAUCGUCUGGCUGCAGAGCGUCAAGUUCUUACGACUGAACGCCGACAAACACUCUCGGAUCAACAAGAUCUCUCAACGGUUCUGGAUGUACGGGAUCAUCUCCUCUCUUGUCUCCUCCGUCGCAUCUCUCGUUCGUCUACGGGCCGAGGGGAGGAGGUUGGCUCUCAGCCGUUCGAUCUCGUCCAGCAGCGAGAAGGGCGGGCCGGAGGGUGGGGACGAGGGACAGCGGAGGGAGGAGGGGAAGAGGUUGCUCACCGAACGGGCGACCCUCGUCUCACAAGUCGUCCAAGACUCGAUGGACUUUUGGCUCCCCGCCAACAAUCUCGGAAUCACCACUCUCAACGACGGGGUCAUCGGAGCUCUUGGAGCUGCGACCUCGUACAUGGCCUUGCAACAACAAUGGAUCAAGGUCAACGGUCUACCGGGCAAGGCCAAGUAAUUCCAUCGUCCUCCCUCUCUCGUGCUUCGCGUACCAUCUCCACACACUGUACACAGACUCGAACCUUAGAUCAAAUGCGAUUUACUUCGAUCGCGAUCUCGGUCACGGUACAUGGUCUCUCUCGUCUGCUGUCUGUCGUCCAGAAUGUGAAAGUCACGCUCUCGCUUGCCAGAUAUAUCCCGCUCCAUUCGACGAAUAGUUCCCGAGCGCGGCGAUCUCCAUGUCGACGGGAGCAGUUCAAUCUCGCUAAGACGAGAGCCAAAGUGGUCGUACGAGCACGUCCGAGACAGGAGGGUGGCUGUGAUCGCGAGGUCUUCCAGGCGAAAUGAACGUCUUGACCGAGCUGCCGAGAGUGGAAAUUGGCGAGCCGUGAGUGGACGUGCUCACAUACAAGUCUUCCAGAUGUACAUCUGCCAUCUGCAUAUGUGGAGGAGAAGUCGACGUCGAGACCUGAAAUCCUGGAACAAGUACGGA